AUGAGGCUCCUGGUGCUUCUCGCAGCUCCUCUCUCCAUCCUCGUCCUCCACAUUUUGGUGGCGGCCUCCGCGGGCAGCAUGUCCCCGGGCCGGCUGGAGCGCUGGGUGCGCUCAGGCCUCCAGUCGCUGCAGUGGGACCAGCUGGACCGGUGCCUCCGCAUGUCCUCCCUCUCUGAGGCCGAGUGCAGGCAGCUCGCCCACCUGCCGCUAUCCGCCGUGGCCGUUUACGUGUCGGAGCCUCGCACUGCUGCAGGUACCUCAGACAAGGUUCUGGCCAUCCUGCCGGACUCAGGUGGGGUGGUGAGCUCCAAACCGCGGGCAGGUUUCGGCGUCAGCCAGGUGCUGAAUGGAGGGGAGGGUCCCCACAGACACCAGCAGCCUUUUCCCGGCUCCACGGCCCAUGAUGCCGUGCUGGUGCUGGAUCCGAGCCCCGGGGAAAACUUUGGACAUCCGGUGGUCCUUUUCUACGUCGACGUGAACGUGACGAAGAAGAGAUGCUCCCACCUGGAUGGUUACUACCUGGGUGACGAGUGUUUGACUCUGGCUUUAAAGGGUCGUUGUCAGAACCAGCUGAAGCGUCGGCAAGCCGGGCCAGAGAGGCUCAUGGGUAAUGGGCAUAGUCGGCUGGCAGGUGGGGCGCUGCGUGGAGGCACCAUUACCACCAGCGGUGCUAGCCGUCUGGUGGAGCGGGCCAUCGGGGGGCUCUGUGAAGUCCACUUCCUGCCACUGGUGGUGGGAGUCGAAGACAGCAACCGAACACAGAGACUCCGAUGUGUGGACCAUGCAGAGUUUGCGAGGUGUCCUCAGCCUCUGCCCAUGGGCUCUCCUAGUUUACCCGUCUCCAGCUGUGAGCUGAAUAAAAACACCAGACGCUGCCACCAGCAGCCGCUGGCCACCCACCUGUCCUGCCGACUCUACCAGACCUGUGACCACGCUGUGCUCAUCUCAGGUGGCUGGCAGCAGCAGAUGACGUUCCAGCGUCAUGUUCAGAACCUUCAGAGGUUCUACAGAAUGCUGCGGAACAACGGUUUUCAUAAAGAUCACAUCAAGACCUUCUUUGCCAGCAGUGGACAACUUCCUGACGACAUAGAGGGUGUGUACUCGGCAACGGAGAAAGCGGUGAUCCGAAACCACGUGUCGUACGUCUGCAGGAAGCAGCACUGCGCCGACACGUUGGUUCUCUACCUGAACUCGCCAACACGCAACGACGGCACCAUGCUGCUGUGGGACGCCAACCUCAACGGCAUUGCUGAUCUGAAGGAGCGGUACUCGGUGAACGAGCUGCUGGCCGACCUCGCCGGCUGCAGGGCGACUCGUGUUUUGCUGUUUGUGGAUCAGAGCUACAGCGGUGUUCUGUCCAAGAGGCUGCGAGGGUCCCAGAAACACCUCAACGUGGUGCUGAUCCAAAGCCAACCCCGGCAGACCCACAACCACCAGAACCAGAGGUUGAACCCGGGCUCGGAGGACAGCAGCUGGUCCCUCAUCAGCCCUGCAGUCUGCCUGCUGGACCACCUGGGGAAGGGUGCAGGGAUAUCUCGCCUCCUGGAGCCGUGGGCCGGCCUUUUAAACGUGACGCUGGCGGGCGCUCCCUGCAACGCCACGCCACCUCUGACCGAUGGAGAGAUGCGGCGAGAGUACCAGGGCUGCCAGAACCUGCCGACCGCGCUGUGGCACCAGAAACACAGGAGGAGCAACUGAGAGAGAGACACUGACACUGAGCGGGAGAGAGAGAGCGACUGAGUGGGAAACAAAUUAAUUAUGGACACACAGACACACACACACACACACACACACACACACACACACACACACACAACAUACACAAACAUUUGCAUCACACACAUGCAUAUUUGCCGGUGUGUGUUGACUUAGGACUUUAGCUCCAGUGUGCUUGGUGGACACCGAUGUGUGUGCUUUGUGUCCUGACUCUGAACUCAAGACUGUAACCAUGGCGAUGACAGCUCAUCCCAAUGGGAGUGUCCUGAACACCAUGUGAACAGUGUGUGUGUGGGUGUGUGUGUGUGUGUGUGUGUUUGUGAGUUCAGCAAGAGGACAACCACUCUUGGAGACAAUUGCUAGCUUACACUCGGGUCAGUGUGUAAGUGUGUGUGUGUGUGUGUGUAAGUGUGUGUGUGUGUGUGUACACGCCACAUCUCCUGGGCACUUUAACAUUUCAGAGCCAAUCAUCCGCCUGUAUUUUAAUCUUUACGACAGUUAUUUCUUCUUUAUUUCUGUCUUCCUUCCCUCUCCUCCAUUCCUCUCUUGAUCUCCUCCUCUAACCUCUUCUCUACCAUGUUUCCUUCUCGUCUCCUCCUUUCCUUCCCUCCUUUACUUGCAUUUCUUAUUUCCCUCAACUGCCUCCAUCCUUUUCCAUUUCCCCCCCAUUUAUUUUUCCCUUCUCUCUCCCACUUUUUUUUUUCCUUUUUUCUGCUCGACUUACACCUUUUUCUCAACUUCUUCCUCCCUCCAUCAUUUUACUUUUCCCCUUUGUUUAUCUUUCUGCACCUUGUUGUCUUUCCUUCUUGGCUGUCCCGCUCUUUCUUUCCCCUUGUUCUGACCACAUUUAAACAGUUGAAUACUGGAAUGAAUUAGUCACACGACAUCAGAAGUGACGAAAACACUGAGACAGAGUUUCCAUCCAUGUGUUGUGUGGAUUUUGAAUUUUUUCUUAUAAGAAAACAUGAAUGACGACAAAAGAAAAUUUUUGUUUAGUUGUCAAACUUCCUUCCAAGGACAAGAGUGAGAUUUGAAGUUCAGUAUUGAGUAUGUUGGGAGAAUAUGGUGACACACAGACUACUGCUUGCUCUUUUCAAAUCAGUUUGCCUCAUGUUUAUUCAGUGCAUCAUAUUAACCAAGCAGAAUUAUUAUUUCCAAAAUAUAUUCUGUUUUUUUCUUAUUGAAAAGACCAAAGCCAACAGUGCGUUAUUCCAUCAAUCAGUACAAUUCAACCCCCUGAUCAUUUUCCUACUGAGUAAUUUCAGAAUCAUACAGAACAGAAUAUUUCAAACCUUAUCCUUUAAAUGAAAGCAACACUGACUCGAUGAGAGACCGGCAGUGGUCUUCAGUGUCAAAUCAAAUAAGUUUUACACCCAAAUAAAGGAAAUAUACUGUAGGUUAUUGUAACUGGAGAGGACAGCCUGCACUGAAUACGACUUGGCAAUCAACAGAGUUCUGUGACAACCAGAUCAGGUUUUUAACAAAUUCACAGUUAUACUCAAUUAGUUCAAUAUUACUUCUAUCAAGAGCUCUUUUGGUUGUGAACACGCGAUUACAUUAAAUUAAUCAUAGCUGCCCCGCAGAGUCACAAAAUCCCAGAUCUGACGAAUAAAAUGUUAUCAUAAAGGAAUGAUGGCCGACCUAUAAAAAUAACACCCAGGAGUUAAAAAUCUGGAAGUGAGGAGGUUUAUUUUUAACCUUUAGAGGUGGAGGACGUUUUAUUCUGAGGACGAGGGAGAGACAGAGAGACACACACACCGAGACAGAGAGAUUGGUUGGCAGUGAUCAUGAUUAAGAUAUGAAGCACUGAGACUGCCCUCACUGCUACACACACUCUCUAUGGCAUUUUAAUAAAGGCACAACUUGCAAGUGGGUGUGUGUAUAUGUGUGUUUGUGUGUGUGUUUGUGUGUGUGUGUGUGUGGUCCAUCACAUGAAACAUGCACAUGUUCUAAUAUUAACCCGCCCUUACACUAACAACGUAUGUGCUGUCUUUUGCUGGUACUUUGUGAUUCUUGUGAGUACAUUACCUCCCGUCUUUCUUCAUCCCAGUAACAGUACAGUAAACACACCACAGCCCAGUGUGCAUCUCCCUCCCUCCCUCCCUCCCUCCCUCACCAGCUGUGUUCCGUACAGAUGUUUGCUGUUGUACUGAUUUUACAGUAGAGAUUCGUUUAUUCAAGAUGAAGAUGGGGGGUUGAUCAGAGGAACAACUUUUCCCAAACGUGUGGGACAUUUUGGACCAGAACUGCGUCCAACAGGUUGACAUGUGCAUAUUCACAGUUUGUGUAAUGAUCUGUACAGAAUAUGAGAUGUAAUUUAGCUGAAAUGUUUUUAGUUGCAUGCGGCAUCACAAAAAUCUAGUCAAUAAAAUACUUUUAGAAAGCAGUGAAGAGA